UUAGAUUCGGCAUUUAAUCCCUAGAGGGCACACAUAUUUGUCAUAUACAAUCAUUUUAAUAUGAAUGAAAGAAAAACUUUUUGAUAUGUAGACAUUUUUAUUUACAACAAUAUUUUGAUUUACUUUAUUAAUUCUAGUGUUUCUAUUUUGUCACAUUGUUAAAUAAUUGCUGCAUCAUACAUAUCGUACCAACCUUACUGGUAAAUUUUGUAAUCCUUUGCUUGGCAAUUCUUGACGUGAAUAGAUGGUGCUGUACUUCGAAAGGAAAAUUUGUUUUGUAUAAUAUGAGUCAUUAUAAUAAUUCUUUUUAUAAUUACUACAACUGCAAUUUUUAUAGAUAAACAAUCCUGUUAUGCAGUAUGACUUCGUCAAGUUCUACAGAUAAAAUUAAGUAUAUUUAUCAAUUACCGUUUUUCGAACGGUCAGAACUUUGUAAAAUACUUAAUCAGAAUGACAAAUGGGAAGAGUUAGCUGGAAUUUGGAUGGAAUAUGAUGUGUUGACAAUACAAAGUUUGCGAAAAGAGAAAAAUCCAACAGAUGAAUUAUUAACGAUGUGGGGUCAUCAUAAUCAUACAAUAUUGGAAUUGUUUGUUUUAUUAUCCAGAAUGCAGCAUUAUCAAUCUAUGAUUCCAUUAAAACCAUUUGUUGAAGAAAAGUUUCAUAAAUUACUUUAUUAUGGAGAAGGUAAUCUUCAAAGGAUACUUGGAAGACGACUCAAUAAAAAUACUAAAGAGUUGAAAAUAGAUACCAAGAAUUUUAAUCAAGUUGAACCACCAGAGCCAAAUGUACCUAAAAUUCUUGUCGAAGAAAAUACUAAGGAAGCAUCUCAUAAAAUAUUAAACCAACCAAUGCAAGCUAUACAGAUUGGAAUUACUCCAAGUAAUUCUAAUAAUUUACUUGUUGCUUCCGUGGCAGCUCCUUAUCCUUUACCAGGUACUUUACAGCGUAGCCCAAUAAAUGGAAGAAAUAACAACGAUGUGAUACUUCCACGUGCAGAGGCAACUCUACCGCAUGUGUCAUAUGAUGAAUUGUCUAUAGCGACAAAUGAAUGGAAUAAACAUAAUAUAUUAGGGAAAGGAGGUUUUGGAACCGUGUAUAGAGGUUCUUGGAAAAAUACAGAUGUAGCUAUUAAGAAAAUCGAAAAAAGAGGAGUUGAUUCAGAUGAAAGUUAUGUGCUUCAACUUCAGCAGUCGCUUCGAGAAAUCAAAAUUUUAAAUUCUUGUCCACAUGAAAAUAUUUUAUCUCUGUAUGCAUAUAGUUUGGAUAGUAGAGCACCGUGCCUUGUAUAUCAGCUUAUGAAAAAUGGAUCUUUAGAAGAUAGAUUGUUAGUGAAACAUAAAAGUCAACCGUUAACUUGGAUGCAGCGUCAUGAAAUUGCUAAAGGAACUGCUCGUGGUUUACAGUAUUUGCAUACAAUUGGUGAGAAGCCUUUGAUACAUGGUGAUAUAAAAAGUGCUAAUAUUUUACUUGAUAAAAAUUUUGAACCAAGAAUUGGUGACUUUGGUUUAGCAAGAGAAGGACCUGAGAAAGCUUCAAUGAAAGUGAGUAAAAUUCAUGGAACAAGGCCAUAUCUUCCUGAAGAAUUUUUACAUGGACGAAAAUUAUCUACAAAGGUGGAUACUUAUAGUUAUGGUAUAGUUUUAUUUGAAUUAUCUACCGGCUUGUUAGCAUAUGAUGAUUCCAGAUUGGAAAAUAAAUUUUUAAAAGACUUUAUUAGCAGUUGGAAUGAUAAUGAUCUUUACUUAUUAAUAGAUAAUAAAGCAGGUGAGAAAGAUAAGCAGGUAUAUAAUAAUUUAAUGGUUUUGGGGAAAUGGUGUACUAAUCAUAUGGCACAAAAUAGGCCUGAAAUGGAUUAUGUUUUUAAAAAAUUGAAUGAUUUAUAAUUGUAUAAUGUUAUGACCUUAAUUACAAAUUGCAUAAUAAUAUUAUAUUUUAUGAUAAGUGCAUUUAAGAAAUUGUAUAUAGCUAAUAUUUAGUUAAUAUGUAGAACUUUUAUAAUAUUGUUUUUGGAAUUGUAAUGUGCAUUUUGCAGUUAUCUAGUUAUAUAUAUUUUUAUGUAACAAAUUAUUGCUGAUUCCUAUGGAAUUUUUCUUUCCAUACUUGUGAAUUUGCAUGGCUCAUGGUAGUUAACAAUAGAUUUUUUUUUAAAGCUAAGCAUUAUUUGCACUUCGUUAGUUUUUAUUUUAUAUUUGAUUCACU